UCGUCUCCCCUUGCAAAGCAAAAACGAUAGCCGCCAAAGCAAGAAGCCGUCGUGGCCCCGGCGGGAGGAGCCAGAAGACAAAACAACAGCGAGGCCGUGGGGAGGCGAAGUCUCCGAGGAAGCAGCAGCCGGUUAGGGCGCAACGAGACCGAAAGCGAGGAGGAGGAGGAGGAGAACAAGGGGAUCAAGAAAGGCUUCCUUUCGGAUCGAUGGCGGGGCGGCGUGCGGCGGCGUGGGAGCAGGGCGGCGACGAGUACGACUACCUGUUCAAGGUGGUGCUGAUCGGGGACUCGGGCGUCGGCAAGUCCAACCUCCUCUCCCGCUUCACCCGCAACACCUUCUCCCUCGACUCCAAGUCCACCAUCGGCGUCGAGUUCGCCACCCGCACCAUCCAGGUGGAAAGCAAGACGAUAAAAGCACAGAUAUGGGACACGGCCGGGCAAGAGCGGUACCGCGCGAUCACGAGCGCCUACUACCGCGGCGCCGUGGGCGCGCUCCUGGUCUACGACGUCACCAAGGGCGCCACCUUCGAGAACGUGAAGCGGUGGCUCAAGGAGCUCCGCGACCACGCCGACGCCAACACCGUCGUCAUGCUCAUCGGCAACAAGACCGACCUCGGCCACCUCCGCUCCGUGGCGCAGGGGGACGCGGCCGCAUUUGCGGAGCGGGAAGGCCUGUCUUUCGUCGAGACCUCGGCGCUCGACGCCACCAACGUCGACAGGGCGUUCCAGACCCUGCUCACGGAGAUCUACCGCAUCAUCAGUAAGAAGGCGUUGGCGUCCGAUAAGGCUGCGUCAGGUGCCGGCGCUGUCGGGGAGGGGCAGCCGAUUCAGGUGGCGGGCGGCGUGACGACGAGAUGCUGCGCCUUCUAGUGAUCAUCAACUUACUUUGGAUUGCCUCAGGUGAUCCCUGAUCGAUCCUAUUUAUUUGUCAAGAUGUGCUGUUCCGCGACAGAUCUAAUGACUUACGUUCAGAAGGAGAUCUGCGUAGAGUGACAUGGUAUGGCUGCUUUGAUUAUGAAUUGCGCCAUUUCUUGCGACCAC